UUUUUUUUUUAUAUAUUUAGUUAGAAUUUGGAGCUGGUGACCUUCAAGGACCACUUUUUGGACUUAAGCUUUUCCGCAAUAUUACACCUAAAUGUUUCUUUACUACAAACUGUGUCUUACAAUUUUCGUCUCGAGGCAUCCGCCCUGGACUCACGACUAUGGUUGCCAGACAUCUAGACAAGAACACAAUGGGUUAUAUUCAGUGGCGAUGGGGGAUCCAAUCGGCAAUGAACACCAGUAUUGUUCGAGAUACGAAAACUAGCCACUUCACAAUGGCGAUGCAGCUUGGAAUCCCCCAUUCCUUCAUGAUGGUGAGUUACCAGCACAAGUUUCAAGAUGAAGACCAAACACGGGUAAAAGGCUCUCUUAAGGCAGGUUUUUUUGGGACUGUGGUGGAAUAUGGUGCAGAAAGAAAAAUAUCUAACCACAGUGUUUUAGGAGCUACAGUCAGCAUUGGUGUGCCACAAGGGGUGUCUCUAAAAAUCAAGUUAAUUAGAGCAAGUCAGACAUAUUUCUUUCCUAUCCACCUGACAGAUCAACUUCUUCCGAGUGCUGUGUUUUAUGCCACUGUGGGCCCUAUUGUUAUCUUUGUGGCCAUGCACAAGCUUAUCAUAAAACCGUACCUCAGGGCUCAAAAAGAGAA